ACGAUAAGCCAUAGUAAUUAGAUUAGACAGUUAAAAUAUGACGAAAUAUGACGUGCACUAUCUGUUGUCAUGCUGACAAAUAUUGAUGAUGACCGUUUAAUAGAGGUGAAAAACAAUGAAAUCAACCAAUUGGGACCCUCCUUUGGUGACCGCGUCCGCUUAAUAGAGGUGACCGCUCAAUAGAGGUCAAAUUUACAGUAAACAUAAGGGGGAAAAUUCGGGACUUUGGUAAAUGACCGUUGAAUAGAGGGUGACCGCUCAAUAAAGGGCCGCUUAAUAGAGGUCCGACUGUACCUUGACAAACGACUGACCUAAAAUGCACAGUCUCGUAUCAUUGAGCGCGAGUUCUGUGCUUAAGAGUGUCAUACUAGGUUUUAUAACACAUUGUGCUAACUAUAUCGAUCCAGAUUGGCUUAGAGGCGCGCUAUAUUCUGUGAAUCACGCAAUCUGAGGGUGAACACACAGACAGGAAAAAAUGUUUUCCAAGUACACAAUAUCACAAUUAUUAUGCGAUAGAGGUGAAAUGGAACAGUGUCCUACAGAAUUCGGAAAAAAAUCUACAGACAACCGUACACACGAUGUGGGAGGCAGAAGGACGCCAAAAUUGGGCCAUUUUUUAUUAAACAAUCGCCAGAUUUUCGACAUUUUCACACACCAUGAAUUGGUUCCACAAUACCUGUCAUCCGCGAAUGACUUACUUAUUAUUCAAUUUAUGGUCUAUCGAGCACAUUUCAAAAGAUUUGACGUCAUUGACAGAAAACCAAUAUCGAGCGUCUAUUUCAUUCUCUGCUUCAUCUAAAAUCGACUGAAAGCAUAUCCAGGCUUAACAAGCUCUUACCACUGAAUAGAGCGACGUUCGAGGCUCUGGAACCAGAGUAAUCCAGGUUACCGUGCCUUGCAAACUUGAUUGAAGCGUUUUAUCAUGGGAGGACGGCGUACCAAUUUUAAAAUCAUUAACAUUCCCAGGAGUGGAGUUAAACCUGCGGAUAAGUUGGUUGGCAUCCAGAAAAGUACCGCGCAACCUCUGCAUGCACCCUCCGCGGCCCCCUUUCCUGAGAAUAAAGCGUCCUUCACGCAAAAGCUCUUCGAGCAUCCGAAGUCCCAGGCGAUCGUUGACGAGUGCAAGAGGACGAAGUUUAUGAGGGGUAUGGCGGAGGGCACGCUUCUCGCUGAUUUGUACGGGGGUUACAUGGUACAAGACCCCGCGUACUGCUAUCACGCCGUGCCGGCCUACGAGCUGGCUGCCGACAAGCUCCAGUCUGAAUUCCCCGAGUUCAGCCUGCUGUACCGACGCCAGUCAGGUAGCUUUCAAAAGUACAACCAAGACUUCGUGAACACUUGGCGAAUCAAAGGCGCCGAUAGCAUCGUGCUCGGAGAAGCUGCUAAGACGUACGUGAAGUACGAGAGUGCAAUCAGCCAAUCACAGUCCAGGAAACUAUGUAUAGCCAUGCUUCCUUGUCAAAUGCUUUGGCCCAAGCUUGCAAAUGACAUGGGAGGGGAGGUAAGGGAGGGAAAUCCUUACAAACCGUGGUUUGACGGAAAUAAGUCUGAUCAUCCUUCUCAUUUGGAGAGAUUUAUAGAUUACUUCCUCCGUGAUGAAAAGGUGAGAGACUACUUGGACGAGUUUUUGGAGGGGAUGACAAAUGAGCUUAAUUUUUUUCGGGAUGCCUGUGGUGAAGAAUUGUACUACUAUACUAAGGAGUUUCAAAUGUAAUUGUGAAGUGUUUUGACAUCAACAGUUAACUUUGAAAAUAGGGAUAUAAAUAUUUUACUACUUAACUAAGGAGCUUCAAAUGUAAUUGUGAAGUGUUUUGGCAUCAGCAAAUAAUAUAAUAAUUUUAAGUUAAAAACUGUUCCAGAAGUUCCGUUUCUGUGUACCGGAAGUUGUUAAAAUUAUUAGUUUAUGAUCACCAAUUAUGUAAUAUGUAAUUAGUAAUAGGAUCGGGUAUCAUUGUACCAGGCACGGGGUGAACUCGUGAGGGAUUGUAAGACAGAAUAAAGGGAGAAGAAAGUCGGAGAUCGUUAAUUCAGAGUGUCUUUUGGUUCGAAACAUUACCAAUAAAAACAGUUAAAAA